AUGUCACUUGGGCAGCAGUCCUCUCUGAGGCUGCAGGACAAGUGUAUGGCAGCAGGAGGGGCAUCCAUCAUAUCAGCGCUCGUUGUCAACCCUCUGGAUGUUGUCAAGACUUGUUUUCAGACCUCUGUGCACACUUUUUGUUGCAGAAACAUGGCACUGGCGGGUUGCCCACCGGCGUGUGCCCACUUGGGCAACCCAGAGUGUGGCAUCUACUCGGGGACGCUGGAUGGGAUGAGGAAGAUUGUGCGCCGGGAGGGCGCUCUCGCGCUGUGGCGAGGCACCGAUGUGGCCCUGCUCAUGGCAAUCCCCACAGUGGGAGUGUAUCUGCCCCUGUAUGACUACUUGUUGGAGCGGUUGGCGCCUUCCUCUGGCUUCUAUGCCCCCCUCAUGGCGGGCUCUCUCGCUCGGACGGUGGCUGUUCUGUGCACGUCACCCUUGGAACUAGUGCGCACCAGGAUGCAGGUGGGUUUUUUGGCAGUCCUUUCAAAAACUCCAAAAAAUGUGCUUCAUUUACUUUCCCCCAAAUUGACUCCUGAAUGUCUUGUCGUAAGGAAGGGGCUGUGUGCAUGUGCAGGGGCCACGCUGGCCAGGGAUGUUCCCUUUUCGGCCAUCUACUGGAGCAGCCUGGAGCCCAUCAGGCACGCCCUGCUCCCGCAGAGUUCGCGCGCCAGCCACUCGCAGAUCGUCGCCGCCAAUUUCGUGGCCGGCACUGUCGGUGGCGGGCUGGCCGCUGCCGUCACAACGCCUCUAGAUGUCGUCAAGACGCGGACACAGCUUGCAGAGGGGAAGACAAUGCCGAUCUGGGCGACGCUGAGGCAGGUGCAGAGGGAGGGGGGCACGCGAGCACUGUUCACCGGAGUGGGGCCUCGCGCGGUCCGUGCGGCUCCGGCGUGCGCUAUAGUUCUGGCCAGCUACGAGGUGCUCAAGGCCAUGCAUUUUAGCUGA